AUGCUCCCUCUUCCCCUUUUCUGCUAUACCUUCUCUUCAUCUUUUCUUCCAUGCCCCCUCUUCAUCUUAUCUUCUAUGCCCCCACUUCAUCUUUUCUUCCAUGACCCCUCUUCAUCUUUUAUCUUGUGCCCCCUCUUCAUCUUAUCUUCUACGCCCCUCUUCAUAUUUUUUAUUUUUGCCCCUCUUCAUCUUUUCUUCCAUGCCCUCUCUUCAUCUUAUCUUCCAUGCCCCCUCUUCAUCUUAUCUUCUAUGCCCCCUCUUCGUCUUUUCUUCCAUGCCCCCUGUUUAUCUUAUCUUCUAUGCCCCCUCUUCAUCUUAUCUUCUACGCCCCCUCUUUGUCUUUUUUCUUCCAUGCCCUCUCUUCAUCUUUUAUUUUGUGCCCCUCUUCAUCUUAUCUUCUAUGCCCCCUCUUCAUCUUAUCUUCUAUGCCCCCUCUUCGUCUUUUUUCUUCCAUGCCCCCUCUUCAUCUUAUCUUGUAUGCCCCCUCUUCAUCUUAUCUUCUAUGCCCCCUCUUCGUCUUUUCUUCUAUGCUCCCUCUUCGUCUUUUCUUCCAUGCCCUCUCUUCGUCUUAUCUUCCAUGCCCUCUCUUCGUCUUAUCUUCCAUGCCCUCUCUUCAUCUAUUAUUUUGUGCCCUCUCUUCAUCUUAUCUUCUAUGCCCCCUCUUCAUCUUUUCUUACAUGCCCUCUCUUCAUCUUUUAUCUUGUGCCCCCUCUUCAUCUUAUCUUCUAUGCCCCCUUCUUCAUCUUUUCUUCCAUGCCCUCUCUUCAUCUUAUCUUCUAUGCCCCCUCUUUGUCUUUUCUUCUAUGCUCCCUCUUCGUCUUUUCUUCCAUGCCCCCUCUUCAUCUUAUCUUCUAUGCCCCCCUCUUCAUCUAUUAUUUUGUGCCCUCUCUUCAUCUUUUUCUUCCAUGCCUCUCUUCAUUUCAUCUUCUAUGUCCCCCCUUCAUCUUAUCUUCUAUGCCCCCUCUUCGUCUUUUCUUCCAUGCCCCCUCUUCAUCUUAUUUUCUAUCCCCUCUCUUCUUCUUUUCUUUUCUUCUCUCUCUAUCUAUCUCUAUCUCUCUAUCUAUCUAUCUAUCUAUCUAUCUAUCUAUCUAUCUAUCUAUCUAUCUAUCUCAGUUCAUUUCUCUCUCUCUUUCUCUCUAUCCAUUUCCUACUCUACUUCCCCUCUUUCUCUCUUUAUUUCUCUCUCUCUCUCUCUUUCUCAAUCUGCCAUUUUAUGUCCGUUUCUCACUCUUUCUUCUUCUUCUUCUUCUUCUUCUUCUUCUUCUUCUUCUUCUUCUUCUUCCUCGCUCUGUCCAUUUCUCUCUCUCUCUCUUUCUCUCUAUCCAUUUUGCACUCUUCUUUCUCUCUUUCCGUCUUUAUCUCUCUCUUUCUCUCUCUCUCUGUCCAUUUCUCUUACUAUUUCUCCUUACUCACCUGUCAAUUUCUUUAGCUUCUCUCUCUCUAUCUCUUUCUGACUCUCUCUCUCUCUCUCUCUCCAUCUCUCUCUUUUUCUCUCUAUCAAUUUCUCACUCUUCUUUCUUUCUGUCUUUAUUUCUCUCUCUCUCUCUCUCUUCAUUUCUCUCUUUUUCUCUCUAUCAAUUUCGCACUCUUCUUUCUCUUCUCUCUCUCUCUCUCUCUCUCUCUCUCUCUCAGUGCACGUAA